CGCCCCUCCGCCUCGUCUCCCUCGCUCUCUCACUUGCUCGCGGAGGCUCGCUCCCGUCCAGGCUCCCGCUGCGCUUCCCCGGCCCGCACAGCCCCGCACGCCCGGCCGGCCGCCAGGAUGCAGGCCCCGCACAAGGAGCACCUGUACAAGCUGCUGGUGAUCGGCGACCUGGGCGUGGGCAAGACCAGCAUCAUCAAGCGCUACGUGCACCAGAACUUCUCCUCGCACUACCGGGCCACCAUCGGCGUGGACUUCGCGCUCAAGGUGCUGCAUUGGGACCCGGAGACCGUGGUGCGCCUGCAGCUCUGGGACAUCGCAGGUCAAGAAAGAUUUGGAAAUAUGACGAGGGUCUAUUACCGAGAAGCUAUGGGUGCAUUUAUUGUCUUCGAUGUCACCAGGCCAGCUACAUUCGAAGCAGUGACAAAGUGGAAAAACGAUUUGGACUCAAAGUUAAGUCUUCCGAAUGGCAAACCAGUUUCAGUGGUUUUGUUGGCAAACAAAUGUGAUCAGGGGAAAGACAUGCUCAUGAACAAUGGCCUCAAGAUGGACCAGUUCUGCAAGGAGCAUGGUUUCGUAGGAUGGUUCGAAACAUCAGCAAAGGAAAAUAUCAACAUUGAUGAAGCCUCCAGGUGCCUGGUGAAACACAUCCUAGCAAAUGAGUGUGACCUAAUGGAGUCCAUUGAGCCGGACAUCGUGAAGCCCCAUCUCACGUCACCCAAGGCCGUCAGCUGCUCGGGCUGUGCCAAAUCCUAGUAGGCACCUUUGCUGGCUUAAGGUGGAAAUAAUCCAAUCAUCUCAUGAAUUGCGUCUCAGUUCUCACCAUUCUGGGGAAAUGUCAGGAUGGGGGACACACGUGGCAAGCCCAUAUCGUUCCUGUAAGAGAAAUAGCAAAAUGUCCUUUUUAUGUUUUUCUCAGCAUCAGCACAGUGUUUACAAGCCUCUUUAAUAUUUAGUCUGUGACAAAAUUCUGUCUUGUAGCUGCCCACAAGUCUACAGGGUCAGAGUUGGGACUGUCAUUCGCUUCCUUGAAUAAGCGAAGGCUUCAGGUCUUCAAGAGAAAUGGGAGAAGCUCAGACUAGCUGUCGCGUUAAGCAUUCGCUUUUGCUUUCCUCCCAAUGUCUUUGUCCAGAUUUCAAUACAUUCUCUGCCGUGCUGACAGCCUUAUUAAGUAGAAACUGUUUUCUCCCGAGAUGACCUCCAUUCUCAACAGACCUAAGAGGUGUCUCUGAUUUAGCUCUUCAGAGUCAUGUACACAAGCUCCCUGUGCUUUUGUUGCUUUUAUUGUCACUUGCCAUGCCCUGAAGGUUGGUUUAACUGAAAACUGUAUGAAAAGACCUGCCCCCUGUAUGUGCCUUUCUGUUAACUUUCUCUGACUCAAGCUGUGGGGCUUUUCAGUACAUGUAAUAUAUAUUAUAUAUAUUUUCACAAGUGAAAAAUAAAACAUUAGAAGAUGCUGUU